AUGAAUAACGAAUACGACUACUUAUUCAAACUAUUGUUGAUUGGAGACUCAGGUGUCGGUAAAUCAUGCUUGUUGUUGAGAUUCGCUGAUGACACGUAUACUCCCGAUUACAUUUCAACCAUUGGUGUGGAUUUCAAGAUCAGGACCAUAGAGUUGGACGGUAAAACUAUUAAGUUGCAGAUUUGGGAUACUGCUGGACAAGAAAGAUUUAGAACUAUCACGUCAUCAUAUUACCGUGGUGCUCAUGGUAUUAUCAUUGUUUACGAUGUCACAGAUCAGGAAUCCUUCAAUAAUGUUAAACAGUGGUUACAAGAAAUUGAUCGGUAUGCAACUGGUGGCGUCAUGAAGUUACUAGUUGGAAACAAGGCAGAUUUAUCUGACAAGAAAAUUGUUGAAUAUACUGCUGCAAAGGAAUUUGCUGAUGCCUUAGACAUCCCAUUUUUAGAAACAUCUGCUUUAUCCUCGACGAAUGUUGAACAAGCUUUUUACACGAUGGCAAGGCAAAUCAAGGCACAGAUGACCAGUAACGCAGGUUCAGGUUCAGCAACCGGAGGUAAUGCAAAGUCUAAUGUUAACUUAAGGGGCCAGUCAUUAACCUCUAACCAGUCUAACUCAUGUUGCUAA